UCUUCAUCAUUUCACGCAAGGAUAAAGCCGCUCCUCCACACACCAUCCAGAGUAUGAAGUGUAAUAGAAUCAGGACGAUCAUGAAGCGGUGGCGCAGUCGACCGCUUCCCUUCCUCUCCUUCCUCCUAUUCACCUUCAUCCUCAGCUCCAUCCUGACUCCAGAGAAGGUCGAUUUGUUGGAUAAGUUUCACCAAUCCAAGAGCACGAGGAACCCAACAUCUAUCCUCCCCACACAACCUGAAGCACUCACGAUCAGCGACAACCAUCAAGAUGAAUCAAAAAGGAAGAUGAAGAAAGUGGAGCCGACACACACGUUAAACCAUCCUCUUAAAACAACUACAUUACCCGAACUCCAGCAGAGAAACUUCGAAGGGACGGCUGACGGCGACCCAGACUUGGUGUCCUACCUCAGGAAGUACAAGCUGCGCCCGCCUUCCAAGGAACCUUACCGCCUCAGUAGUUCCAAUUCUCGGGACUACUCUCUGGCGGCCACGUCGCCUGCGCUGGAGGAGCUGCUUCAUGAUGUGAAGAACGGGUUCUUCGUUGAGGUGGGAGGUUACGACGGAGAGUAUCAGAGCAACACUCUCUCCUUCGAGAAGUACCUCAACUGGACGGGUCUCCUGAUCGAGGCCAACCCUGACCUGUACCAAAAACUGAUCAAGAGGAACAGGAAAGCUUACACCAUAGAGUCUUGUGUGUCCCUUCAACCAUACGUAACCACUGUGAGGUUUAUGCCAAAAGGUGUAGUGGGUCGUAUUAACAAGAAUGGAACCUUGACAGUGCAGUGUUACCCCCUACACUCCAUCCUGCUCGCCCUCAACAGGACUUACAUUGACCUGUUCUCAUUGGACAUCGAAGGUGACGAGUUUUGGGUCCUGAAAACGAUUCCUUUUGACAAGAUGGAGUUUCGUGUUAUCGUGGUGGAGGUGAAACACAUCGCGGAGGGCCCCAAGGUCCUCACAGACUUUAUGUUGAGUAAAGGCUACAUAUUCCUCAAGACUCACCACAUUAACGUCAUCUACGGAAAGAAGGAACUGUUUCCUGCUCCUGUAGCUUCCGCCAAAGCCGCUAAUGUCGCCGCCGCCGCUGCAGUUGCCCACAAUGCUGCAGCAGCAGCAAUUAAACGCGCCAGCGCCGUCACUCUCGCUACCCCUAAUUGAGGGAUAACAUUGGCAUCACCCGACAGGCAUUUCUUUUAGAAAUUACUGCACAGCAGUAGUUCAAAUAUUACCAAGAACAUCGCACAUACAGAAGUUAAUUCACUUUGUAGUCACUACCGAGGAAAAUUUUGUGGAUAUACAAUACUUAAUAAAUUUCUCCUCACAUCCCAAGUCCAUACUGACAGGUUCACUCUAUUAAAAGUAGUGUGGUGAUAGAAUUUAUCUCAUGCUGAUCUUUUUAAAACCAACAUUAUGUUAUGGUCUUUUGUUUUGAUAUGUUAUGCAAUACUAAACAAAAUUCUACGUUAUCAAUUAC